UACUAUCCAAGGUGGUUUAUUGGCAACUUUAUGCUAUUUUUAAAGGCUAGAUCAAUUUGUUCUAUGCAGGAUUUUUAAAAUAAUAGCAGAACCCUCACCUGGUGUUUAAAAUUAUUUUUCCACGUAGCUGGUAAAACUUUCAAACUCCAAACACUUUCAGGAUUUAAGCACAUUUUGUCCUUAUUAGUCAAUGGUUUUGUUUACACGGUAUUUCUGUUCUCAAAAAGCAAUGGAAGUGAAGCUCCAUUUUAUUGUACUAGCUGUAUAUGAAUUUAAAAACGAAGACAAAAAGAUAACUCUUAUAGACCCCCACAUAUCUCUUUAAAAUCUAAUCAGUGCAAGCAUUUUUGUAGCCCGUAGCUCACUGCUACUAUCUGCUUGAUUUUCAGUUUUGAAAGAAAAUUUCCAGAGAUGAUUUUCAAAUAGCCAAAUCUAGACCUAUCAUGAAGGUGCUGCAUCUGCUACAAAUAGACAUUAUUAACAUUAAAAAGGUAGCCCAUGCAGGCCCAAGGAGUCUGUUCCAAACUGUCAUUGUCAGAGAUUUUAGACUUGUUUAGGGUUUACAGCAUCUCUUCCUCUAAACUUCCCCUAAAAAGCCUGGCUCCUAAUAAGGUCUUGUAGACAUACAUGAAACAAGAAGUGCUAUUAAGUCAGGAUUCAUAACAGGAGAAAAAGUGACAGGAGAGGAGAAGACAUUCUAUGAACUUAAAAAAAAAAAAUUCAUUUUAUUGAGUAAAGUAAUAAGAAAGUUCUGAUUAGCCUACGCUUUCUGGACUGGGUGGAGAAAUAGAUAGCAUUCCCAGUUCUGGAAACUGGGAUUUCCCAAUUCUUCCUUACCAACAUUCAUUUUGUUUUUGAUACCAUCCAGUGGAAGCUUAUCACAAAUGCUGACUGUGCAAACAGCAGCACCAAAUGCAGCAGUGAUAAUUGAGAUCAUCACCUGAUGAAUGGAAGUAGGGAGGAGAAUGGGAGAAGGCCCUAAGAAAGAGGACUCCACAACCAUGAACAUUUUAGGGAAAAAAAGCAUUCAGUUUGAGAACUUUUGCUUACUUACAGUUGGCUAGUGUUACCAUGGUGCUAGCCAGUGAUGAAACAUCUAUAAUGGUUUUUAUAUCGAGAAACUGAGCUCUCACAGAGAUAAAGAUUUAGCUGUUUUUUUAAGAGUAAAGUUAAGCUGCCUUUCCAACUGGCUGAUUUUGUCUAGAUACCAAUUGCAAAAGAAGUCAUCACAAAAAGAUCAAAUAGCCUUGCUUGAACUAUAUGGACAGUAACUAUCAGCCCAUUAUAUUCCACAUAAACCUGUAAAGUACUGCAUAAUUUAAAAUUUGAUGAUCAUCACUUAAGAUAUGUUUCAAAAAGAGGAAAAAUCAGACUGUUUCCUGUAAUUCACAAGAACAAAGUGCCUUCUUAUAUCCACAGAUACAUGUGGUAUAAAGACAGUAAUAUGUAACACAUUUGAUUUCUCCUAAAAAAAAAUAAAAUAAAAUAAAAAUUCAUAGGUCAGAAUUAUGAAUUUUGGUAUAUGAGUACACCUUGUUCCUGAACAAUCUCAAAGACACUACUAGGGAAAAAAAAAAUCAACAACUUGACCUUUGGAUUUAAAGAGGACCGAUCACGAAUGAAUAUCACCUGAAGGAAUUUAAGGCAAAGAUGUAAGUAUAAAAUUGUGUGAUUUUGACCAUGAGUUUCUGUUUCACAGCAUUUAGUAUGAAAUCACAGAGAUCUCAUUACUCACUAUAGUAACACCAGUUGUACUUGUGGAAAACUUCAGGGGUACCUCACAGCUAUGGAAUAUUGCACACUGGAGUAAAUUUGUACACAUCUUGCCUAGUUUCUUGAGGUCAAAUUAAAAGAAAGCCAAUAGAGCAGUACUUCAGAGUACAAUAAAGCCAGGCACACUUGUUUAGCUAAAAUGUAGUAGUUGCCAAAGUGUGGGUAAAAUCGAAGAACCUGCAUCAAGUAUUUAUUCUGCUUAUUUUUAUAGUUUUAAUUGAAUAGCCAAUAACAACAGCAUCUGCAGCUCCAACCUCCAGACUGCAAAUGAAAAUUCUUUUGCUAUAUUUCCAGUUUAAUCUCUUGGGUAAUUAUUGAGGAACUCAGGCGUUGCAUUUCAAAUCUACAAAGAAGUUAGUAAUUCCAUUCCUCAAGAGCAUGACAGGCAUAUGGAAUGACAGUAUUACAUGCCUGACAAAUUUGGAUGCCUUCUAUGAUGAGGUUACAGCAUUGGUGGAUGGGGGAAGAGCAACUGACAUCAUCUACCUGGUCUUGUGCAAAACAUUUGACACUAUCCCCCAUGAUAUCCUCGUCUCUAAAUUAGAAAUGCAGAGAUUUGAUGGAUGGAUCAUUUGGUGAGUAAGGAACUGUCUGGAUGGUCACGCUCAGAGAGUUGCGGUCAACAGCUCAAUGUCUAAGUGGAGGUCAGUAAGAAGUGCUGUUCCUGAGGGGUCAGUAUUGGGACUGGUGCUGAUAACAUCUUUGUUGGUAACAUGGACAGUGCGAUUGUGUGAACUCUCAGCAAAUUUGCCAGUGACACCAAGCUGUGUGGCACAGUCGACAGGCUGGAGGGAAGGGAUGCCAUCCAGAGGGACCUAGACAGUCUGAAAGGUGGGCCUUUGCAAACCUCAUGAAGUUCAGCAAGGCCAAAUGCAAGGUCCUGCAUCUGGAACAGGGCAAUCCUAAGCACAAAUAGAGGCUGGGCUCAGAAUGGAUUGAGAGCAGCCCUGAUAAGGAGGACCUGUGGGCGUUCAUUGAUGAGAAACUCAACAUGAGCUGGCAAUGUGCGCUUGCAGCCCAGAAAGCCAACUGUAUUUUGGGCUGCAUCUAAAGAAGCGUGGCCAGCAGGUUGAAGGAGUUGAUUCUGCUCCUCUACUCUGCUCUUGUGAGACCCCACCCGGAGUACUGUGUACAGCUCCAGGCCCCCCAGCACAUGAAGGACAUGGAUGUAUUACAAAAAGUCCAGAGAAAGGCCACAAAGACAAUUAAAGGGCUGGAGCACCGCUCCUAUGAAGAAAGACUGAGAGCUGGUGGUGUUCAGCCUGGGGAAGAGAAGGCUCCAGCUGUAGCAUCUAACGUAAUGCUCUUUUGUCUCCUCCAUUUCUUCUCUUUGAAUCCAAACCUCUUUUGUCUCAGGUAAGGAAAAAAACAUAGUUGCCAAGAAAAUUGAGUGGUUAAAGAAUACUGCUAAAUAUUUUAUGAUGGACAUUUUGGUUAGGUAUUUAACACUCCUUUCAUUUGUUUUCAGAAUCUUUAUGUUUUUCUUCAAUAAAUCCUUCAAAAAUUAAUGUCCAAAGCUGUGACAGCCAUUUCAAUUAAUAGACAAAGAAUUUUUUUAUUUUUAUUUUUUUCUGGCAAAGGGUGAAAGGAAGCACUUGGUGCAAUAGCAGUAGCUGGCCAGGUUGCUGGAGGCAGCGUUGCUCUUCCCAUAGCAACUGCUCUGUUUACCUGCCCUGACGUUCUGAGCCCCCUCCUGCAGGAUUUGUCUCACGUUUAAAAACGAACUGUGCUGCUGCCGUGAAGAUUGAGGCUGGAAGAAAGCUGUGAACAAACCCCCCAGUGAAGGGGAAGCGAGGACGUGUUGCUUAGCCAGGAUUUGUCCUUGGGAACAAACAAUCCAGGCCAGGAGCAGUUUCAGCCAAGAGGUGUGUGAGGGAGAAAGGUCUGUGUAUGUGGGGGGGUGGUGAUGUCUAACGAUACCUGUGCUAGUGUGUGGGCAAAACCGUGUGUUGGUGAGUGUAUGCUGUCCCUGUGGAGAGGAGUUAUCUCAGAAGCACUGGAUAAACUUAGUGCAAGAAUAGGAAAAUUGAUAUUCAGUCAAAUUGCUGUGACUUUGCAUAUAUUUUGGGCAUCUGUUUAACCCUACGUUAAAAGAGUCCCAAGUAGGCUUUGUUCUGUGUUCUCCUCUAGCACUCCCUAGGCUUUUCCGUUUCCUCUUUUAUCCGGUUUUCAAAUUUUUAAGAUUCCUUUUCCACAUUUUUUUAGUGUCUGUUAGUUUUGUUUGUUUGUGUGUUUGUUUUGCAGUCUAGAGUUUAUGCAUCUCUCCAGCCAUGUUCUUAAAGCAUGUUUACUUCUCCAACCUGUGGGACAUUAUUUAACUUUUAUACUACUUCACUUUUUUUCACCUUUCUCUGAUCAUCUCUCUUUCCUCCUAGUUUCCAUUCCCAAAUUCUCGGUUCUUCAUUCUCCCACACCAAAACCCCUCCUCCACAUCUUAGCAAACUCCUGGGGAACCUUGAGCAAGAAAUUAUUUCUUUUCAUAUCUGUGUCAUUUUGCAGAUAAAAGGGGCAAGAUGUUUUUUCUACCCUCCUGGACCAUAUUCAUCCCUUCUUGCUUCUGCAGCCAAAUAUAAUGCUACUCCUGAUUUCAGGUUCCACAUUCCAAGAACUGACCUGUGUUAUAUUCAGAACCUUUCUAAAAAAAAUGUCCAGACUGUUUCAAGCACCACCGAAGUUUCAUCCUUCCGAAUGGCAUGUCGCAAACAAGAUGCAGUGUGCCAGUACAGAGUCUCAGAAAUCCAGUUCAGAGCGCAUGAUAGCUGAAAGUCAAAGGCUGGUGGAUGAAAUAGAAAAGACAACUCAGAAAACCCAAAGUGAUGUCAACAAGAAAAUAGAACAGAGACUGGAAGAAAUAAAAUUCUGGAGGCAAGAAUUAGAUAACAAACUUGAACAAAUUAUUCAUGAGACAGAGGUACUGUUGACUUUCAAGACCAGGCUGGAGAAAGCCUUGGAGAGUUGCAAAGAGCCACUUGUCAUUGCCCAGAAGUGUCUCCUGAACAGGCAGAGUCGAGUUGGGAUUGACUUGGUGCAUGAUGAAGUGGAACAGGAACUGGUCAAAGAAGUUGAAGUCUUACAGGGGGUAAUUGCUUUGCUUGAACGUACAUUGGAACAGACCAUUGAGCAAAUCAGACUAAACCGUUCUGCAAAAUACAACCUGGAAAAGGAUCUGAAGGAUAAAUUCACAGCUUCGAAGAUUGACAGUUACUGUGCUAGCCUGACAAACAACACUCCUGAUGUCAGAUAUGCUGAUAAUGCAGUGAAAAUAGAAGGAAAUUUUAUUAGCCCUGAAGACUGGACAGAUUUCUCAAACAUAAAUGUUGAAAAGGCUGACAAACAGAGAAACAACUCACUGUCACUAAGGGCAAUGAUUGACAGCAUCCUUUCCCAGACAGCGAAUGACAUGCACAAGCAAUAUGAGAUGGUCAAUGUUGCUUUUAGAAACAGGGUGAAGGAAGUCAGAGAUGCCAAGCACAAGCUAGAAAUACUCCUUGCAUCAGUGAUGGAUGAGACUGCCUUACAGGAGAAGAACAUUGCAGCCUUAAAGAAAGCAAUUGCUGAUAAAGAAGGACCUGUUAAAGUGGCUCAAACUCGCUUGGAAGCAAGAAACCAUCGUCCCAAUGUGGAAUUAUGUUAUGACACAGUACAAUACAAGUUGAUUAGUGAAGUUCAAGAGAUUACAAACAAUAUUCAAAGGUUAAAGGAUACAUUGGCACAGGCUGAGACAGAGCUGAAAGGUCUGAGCCGACGACAGCUUUCCUUGGAGGAGGAGAUCCAAGUCAAGGCAAAUACAUUAUACAUUGAUGAAGUGCUCUGCAUGCAGAUGAGAGAGUCUGUUUGCAUUAACAACUUUUGAAGACAUCUUCCUGAACAACUCCUG